GACCCCUGCCCGGGGCGGCCCACGGGCGCCUGCCCGCUCCCCUGCCGCUGCCGCCGGCGGCUGCUGGACUGCAGCCACGCCACCCUGGCCGGUGUGCCCCCGGCCCCCCGCCACCGGGCCCUCUCUGUCCUGUGAGUGCCGGCCGCCCCGCCAGGCCCCUCCAUCUGCCCCUCCUCGGCUUCUUAUUCCUGGUCACCCCUCCCGGGGGGAGUCCCUGGCAGGAGACGUCUUGCCUUCGGGGGGCUCGUGCUGCAGCACCGAGGGAUGAAGGCGAGCUGGCCAUGCUAUUGCAUCUCCAGGCGAACUCCGCUUCCACGUCAGCAGCCAAAUUUGCAGGGGAAGGGGUUUUCCUGAGGGAUGACUGUGUCAAUCAUUUCUUUGCAGAGAUUUCACUGGCAACUUGAUUUCGUCCAUCGAAAAACAAGUGUGGAGAGAAUACCCGUGGGCUGAGUACUUAGUCCUCCAGGACAAUGAUCUGCAGGCAGUGAAGAGGCAUUCACUAGAGGGUCUGCUCUUGCUGAAGCACCUGGAUUUAUCUUGCAAUAAAAUCCUGUCGGUUGAGGAACAUGCUUUUGAGCCACUUCCUUUUUUGCAGCUUAUAAACCUUGGUGGAAAUCGCAUCACACAGAUCCAGAACGGCACUUUCCAGGCAUGGCAUGGGAUGCAGUUUUUACAGAAGCUGAUCCUAAGCCAUAACCCGCUGUCUGUUAUUGCUGACACAUCAUUCUUUGAGCUGCCUUCAGUCAAAUAUCUAGACCUGGGUGCAACCCAAGUGACUCAGCAGACAUUGCUCAUGCUUCUCCUGACAACAGUCUGCUUGGAAACGCUCAAACUGCCCAGCGAUAUGGCCUGCUGCCUCUGCCAGGAGAAACUCACCACCGAAACCCCGUGCAGGACCAUCAAGUUCCACUGUGAGAACCUGUGCACCACCAGCGCUCCCCAGUGCGCUCGCACAGAUGCUCCAGCAGGGAUGCAAGGAGAAAUAAUGGAAGCAGUACAAUCCAGAAAACGGAACACCAGCGCAGUGUUGAACCUAAAGCCCAAGUCGCCUUCGCUCGGGGACCACGACACUGUUACACUUGGAGUUGUCCUGAGCCUGACCGGCACUGAUGGUGAUCUCAGUAACCCAAAUGACCCCAUUUCCAGAACAAAUUCAUAUUCCCCUCAGCCCCUAUCCAGGCAGGAAGGUAAAACCAGUAAGGAGCUGCUGCUGCUGCUCCACAGCAUCCAGCACAUGGGCUGGACCAGUGAAACUGAUAUAAGGAAACUCUAUUUUCUAGCAAAGGCACUUGUGGCUGAGCUCAAGAAUAAGCUGCACAAGGCUAAAAACAUCAUGACUGUGAAAAACACCAUCUCCUCCCUGCCAACACCCGCCAUGCAGGACGAGGUACACGAGAUCCCAGCAGCGGAGGAAGAGACAACCGCGGCCUGGGUGCAGAAGCAGCGUGACUUAGGUUUGAACGAGGCAGCCUUAAACCCCUGGGAAGCGGCUGGAGGGUUAAACCCCACUGACAACAUCUCCAUUUUCGGACAUCACAAAAUAUCCGCACCCCUAUCAAAACAUUCCCUGUCACGCUCCCCAGCAGAGGCCCCUCGUUUGUCUGCGUCUCUUAAGAUUCAAAACUAUUCCAAUGCUGUGGAACAGACCAAGAAAACUCAUAGGAUGGAGGAUGUCGAGGAUGUAGAAGAUGCAGAGGAAGCACCAUCUCCAAGGCAGGACUAUGUUUGGACUCACACAAAGCACAAGCAGGGGGACAGCCUGUAUAAAAGUAAUCAGCUUUUCUACAAGAUGUUUGGCAAUGUGAAUCCAGAGGAAAAGCCCACACCAACAGAAAGUGAAGCAGAGUGGGGACUCAACAAAAACCAGCAUUUUUUCUACAACCUGAUGGUUAACGACAGCCCCUCUGCUGCACGCAGUGUGCUAGAGGACACGGCUGAAGAAGAGGGUUCCUCUCUAGGUGAGCGUUUACCAGCCAUUCCUCAAACCGCAGAAACACACUGGAAGCAACAAAAGGAAGGAUCCAGUUUCCUCAGCAAACCAGGCAGCUCUGACAGCCCGGAUGGCUCGUCACUCCAAGGAGACCUCUUUGAAACUGAGGCCCAUCGUCCCCUGCGCUCGCUCAUCCCAGACGAAGCCCCACAGGUGUUCAUCGCCCACAUGGCACGAGCCCUGAGGAUGGACUGCGGCCUGCCCGAGCUCCAGCUGGCCUGUGCAAAGAUGGUCUGGAAGACGGGGCUGCUCGUAAAGCUGCUCAGCGAGAGGCAGGAUGACCCGGGAGCCUCUGCUCUUGCAGGCCAGUGUCUCCCAGAAGGGAACGUUUCCAGCGGCAUGGCCUCAGCCAGGGAGGCGGGCAGGAAAACCGCAGGGAAGGUAGGAGAGAUACCCGGCUUUGUUGGACAUGUCCUUCGAGACAACGGGGAAUGGGAGGAGCAACCCUCUCUCCCCUCCCGAUUUUCUCGCCUUUUCUCCCAGUGGAAAGCAGAAUACAUCUCCAGCGACAGGCUCCUGUUAGCAGUAUCAGCGUCUGUCAUCAUCGCGAUUAAUCUCAUGGUGAUUUGUCUCAUCGAGGUUUGCUCCCAAAAACCUGCAGCCGCUUCCCAACCCCAAAGCACCAGUAAAUCGUGCCCAAGACGGUUCUUUCAAAAACUCCUGCCACAGAGAUGGAUCAAGAGCAAGUACGACGUUAGAGGGCAGAGCUCACGCGUAUCAGAUCCGAGCAAAACCACACCGCAGUGGCUUAGAGACCUGUACCAACCCCUCGAUUCCCAGCAUAAAAAAUCCAUGGCUCAGCUGUACGAUGAAGAGACCUCAGAUGAGGAGAUUUUCAACAAGUCCAAGCUAAACUGGAUGCCCACAGCGCCCCAGAAAAGCUGCGAUCGUGGGGAUAUGCAAUUAUACAGAGACCCAAUACCUCUGCCUUGUAGCUCCGGUGCACCCCAAGAGCUGGAGCAAUGGUCCCUCUCCACGGAGGAGGAUGCUGUGGGAAGCCACAUGCUCGGGAUACCCCAAACCUCAUCGCAGCGGGAUGGGAACAGGAGGGCUACGAGGGACAGGGAGCCCUCGUAGGGCUCCGGCAGGCUGGGUGCAGCGCCGGGUGCCAGGAGCCGCAGCCGUGCAGGCUCCCCCCACAUGUGGGACACGCUGCCCCUGGAAGAGGACAUCCCUGCGGGGGAACGCGCUGGCUAGGGGCAGCUCUUCUCUGCAGGAGGUGAGCGGGGGGCUGCCGAGGCCCUUGGGGGGCUGCCGUGCGCCCCAGGGACUGUGUAAAGUUGUUCCAUUUGUUCAAUAGCGGGAAAGGGCUGCUGAAAUUGCCAUUAAAACUUGCAAGUUUUUCACCCA